AUGGCGCCCAUGAAGAACAAGAACAAGAUCAUCUGUGAAGGUGAAUGCUCGGCGGCUGCAAGCAAGCGCAGGAGGAUUGAACUUUUAAACCCCAUCACCGAGUUUCCGUCAUCCAUUUCUCUCCUCCAGCGACAACGCAAUCCGCCACAAAACACCACCGCCAUCGGCACCCGUCUGCAGCUCUCUCCUCCGUCAGCAUUUCCGCAGCGUGAAGACGAAAAAGACGCCGCCGAUGAUGAUGCUUUGUCUUCUUUAAUACCACAACAAAACUUCAUCAUAAACUAUCAUAUCAACCAGAUGCUACUGAGUGUGAAUGAAUUCUGGCGAAGUAACUUAGCCGAAGAAGUAAAAAAGAGGAAGGAUAUGGAAGCAUCGUUAAAACAAAAAGACGAACUGGUGGAUCGGUUCAGACAAAUGUACCAUUACUAUGAAGAGAGGACCUGUUUUCUGGAGGAAGUGCUUCAACGAAGGAUGACCGGUGAGGAAUGCAGUGGCGCCGGUGCCGCUGCUGCAGAGGAAGAAGUUGAGUCGUGUUUCGUGGAGCUGAAUAGCGUGGGAAACGCGGAAAUGAUAUGCAGGAACUGCCGGAGUCGGCCUGCAACAAUGGUGUGGCUGCCAUGUCGUCAUUUGUGCGUGUGUUUGGUGUGCGAGAGGAGGGUUAAACUCUGCCCUAUUUGUGGUGUUCAGAAAACUGAAAGUUUCAUGAUCAAUCUGUGA